AGGAGCGUUCCGAAGAGCGCCAAUCGGACCAAUAAACGUGCUCUGUGCAGAUUGAGUAACGAAUCCGCGCAACAACAUCAACAACUCGGAACGAUCAAUUUUUGUCAACACCCACCCUCCGAUUCCUCGAAAACAUGACCAGUGUGACCCAGCGACAUAUCAAGCCAUCGCUAGACGACCUUCCGAAGCGCUUCGUGACCGCCAUGAAGACCCUUUUCGACAUCAUGGACGAUCAGAAGACGGGCCAGAUCAACUUCAAGGAUAUCGAAGCGCGCUGGGCAGGCAGCGGUCGCGACGGGCACGGCAGCAUAGCAGUGCCCAACGGCCUGAUCGAGUCCCUGCAGAAGGUGACACCUCCGAACGGCAUGCUCACGUUCGAGCGCUUCUGCGCGGGCCUGAAGAUCUGUUUGCUCCGCCACCGCGUCUCCCACAACCGGCAGCCGUCGCACGCGAUCGUGCAGCGUCACCGGAGCACCGCCAGCCUCGCCGCGCAACCGCCUCUGGGUCAGGUCAGCGAACCACCGGCGAGAGGACGGCCUUCAUCCGUGCCGUUGCCCGAUCGUGCCGAGAGGUCAAACGGGCACGGAAGCAACCUAACGGUCCCCAAGCCCUCGGCGAUCGCCAAGCUCUACGGCGGCUCAGACCGGUCCCUGGACAAGCUCGCGCCGGCUGGAGGGCGACCCGCCGCCAACACGGCCACGGUGCGUCCCAACAACGCAGUCACGGCGCAGCAGCGCUCUGUCAGCGUGCCGCACCUGCAGUCGGGGGCAGGAGGCGAGCAGCACGCCGCCAAGUCAGACCCGGGUAGGCGGAUUCCGGCCGCGAGGGAGCUUCCGGGCAAGCUGAGGGGCUAUCGCAGCGACAACAGGCUGCACCACGGACCACAGGGCUCGUCCGGUUCGGAGUCGGGGAUCCUCCGUUUCAGCCGGGUACGCAGCAAGACUCCGGACCCCGGCAGCGUGGAGCUGGCUAAAGGGGUUCCGUCGGCCGGGCCUAACAGGAGGAGCACCGAAGCUCACAAGGAGAACCGCAACCCGCAGCAGAGGCCGCCCGACGACCCCGCUAAAGCCGGAGAAGUCCCAGCCAGCGUGAGUGCCGUUCCAGAGCGCAAGUUUCCGAAAAAGAAGGAACCCCGUCGACACACCUUGGGCCAUGGCAUCGAGUACAGCAUGCUGCGGCGCAUGAAGCAACUGGAGCAGGAGAAGAACUGCCUGCAGCAGGGCCUGAGUGCCGUCGAGCGGGCCAGGGAGUGGUACCAGCAGCGUAUCGGCUCUGUCCAGGACAAGAUGCUGCAAGCCGGAAAGUGCCACACUGCACCCGAGUACUCCAUGGACGCCCAGGAUGAGCGCCUCCGGUUCCAGAUGGCCCGGAUCUUGGACGUUAACCAGCACCUGAACGCACUCAUAGACAGCUCGGAGAAGGGAUUCCCGAUGCACAUGAACCUGGCAGUUCAGCCGCCUCCGUACGUGCUUCACCAGAACUCCAUAGUGCAGAGACUUAAAGAGCAGAACCACUUGCUGACGGAGGAGGUGAGCAGGAAGAGCGAAGUGAUUGCGCAGCUCGAGAGGGAGAAGGCGACGCUGAUACGGGAGCUCUUCCAAGCGCGGUCACAGGGCAAGGGCCACGUGGACGAGACAACACUCAUGUGAAGGCCUCAAGACACCCACCAGGGGUGCCUCUGAAGCACUCUUUUUGGUCGGUGCACAACGGAGGUUUAUUUUUGUUGAAGUUGAGAUGGCACACAAAAGGACGAGUGCAGUCUGUGCCACUUCAACCUGUGCCAUGUGCAAGACAAUCAGGGUGAUGAGCUUGAAAAGGGUGCUGACCAAACUAAGUGCUCUUGAAGUCUAUACUACAGGGAUACGUCUUUAGAGAUAAAUAUAUACUAUAUAUAUAUGCAUUUUGCAUUUUGUGCUUGGAAAUCCUCUAUGCAUGUUGUAGUAUAUGGACAUUAGAGAUUACUCUAGAGUAUUAUAAAAAAUAUUUCUUGACGUGAAACCUCAAACUCCGAAUGCCAUAUGGAUCUGUAAUGCUUAGUGACAAUGUAGGGUUCUCAACUUGGUCAAUACUUAUAUCCUGAGUCAGUUUGCUGCCCUGAUGUAUCAUAGUCUGGUUUCUUGCUCAAAAUUAAACUUUCCAGUGGUUCCUAAGGGUUUGCAAGUUGUUCACGUGAUAUACGUACGAAACAUUGAACUUGUCAGAAAGGCAGCUAGUGUUGAUCGUUAAAUUGUGGACGUGCUCCUAGAGUUCAAACAUCUGAUCUUGCAAAAAUUUGGACAGCAGCAGCAUUAGUGGCAGAUUGGCAGGGAACUAACUAUGUAUACUAGUAAAUGCAGUCACCCCGAGAACUGUCAUAUUAUAUCGGUUUUGAAAAAUGACGAUGGUAGCAUGCACGUCAUAUGAGCAUUCAUGCAUGAACUUGUUAUACUAUGUCACUGUGUUUUGUCAUAUGAACAUGCUACACUAUGUCACCAUGUUUUGUUCUAUCCCGAAAUUUCAACAUUUGCCAAAUCUCACUUUUUAUGCAAUUUCUUUGUUUUGUGCGACUUGAAAAUGCCUUUCUACAGCAUGCUAGUGGGGUCCAUAUCACAAGAGCGAAUGACAUUUUAGCGAACGGCGACAUUUGAGCGAAUGGUCGUUUUAGCGAAUAACGGGGGCGCGCGUUAACCCA